CAUGCAGACGGCGAAUUAUUUAGUCUACCAAGGCGAAAAUGCGUAUAAGAGCGCGGGAGGCACAGCCGGCUUAUCUGUCGACGUCAUUCUUUUUCCAAUCGAUACAAUUAAAACUAGACUUCAGUCGACAGAAGGGUUUCGAAGAUCGGGAGCUUUUCGACGAAUCUAUUCCGGAAUUGGCUCUGUUGCCGUGGGCUCAGUACCCGGAGCUGCAUUAUUUUUUGGAACAUACGAGUUUACUAAAAAUGUGUCAAAACGUUAUGUGGAUGGACGCUGCCUACCAUUGGUUCAUAUGGCGGCAGCAUCAAGCGGAGAGCUGAUGGCGUGUCUUGCUAGAGUUCCUACAGAGAUAGUGAAGCAACGCUCUCAGGCAACACUUUCUCCUUCUUGGGACGUUUUCCGGAAGGUUAUCAAAACGGAAGGUUUAACGGGUUUCUAUAGAGGCUAUUGGAGCACAGUCGUGCGAGAGAUACCGUUCUCUCUAUUACAAUUUCCCUUAUGGGAAUAUUUAAAAAAUACUUGGUCCUCAAGAAUAAAAAAACCUUUAGAGCCGUGGCAAUCGGCUAUAUGCGGUGCAGUAGCGGGCAGUAUUUCGAGUUACUUAACGACACCUAUAGACGUUGCGAAGACUAGGAUUAUGUUAGCUGAUAAAAAUGAUAGUGUGUCCAGAGGAAACGUUAUAUACGCUAUUCGUUCCGUUUACCACCAAGGGGGAAUAAAAGGAUUAUACGCUGGAGCUAUUCCUCGAACUAUAUGGAUCGCUAUAGGUGGCGCUAUCUUUUUGGGUGUUUAUGACUUCGUUUUACAGCAGCUCAGAGACAAGAAAACUACAAAACAAGCUUAG